GUAAUAAUUGUUAUAAUAACUACUAUCAUUAUUUUUUAUAAUAUUAUUAUUGUAAUAUUAAAUAGCAUUAAAUAAACACACAAAAAUGAUGCCAAAAUAUAUCGCAGCAAUUCUUCUUGGUUUUUUAGCUAUGGGCCAUGUCUCAGCUGAAAAAAAUGCUGAAUUAGAAAGAUGGUUUAAUUCAAUUGAACCAAGCGAACUAAAUGCAUUCCAAUUAGAUAUCUAUAAUCAAUUAGCUACAAUGGACAACUAUUCAAAUGAAUGGAAAGGUGUAUUGAAAAUGAUGGUUAGUGAUGUAAAGCACAAUGAAAAUAGUGCCCAAUGGAGUCUUAUCCAUAACAAAUGGAGCCAAGGUUACAAUUACCAAAGAGAAAAACAAGAAUUAGAAAGUGCCAAGAAACAAGAAAUGGAAAAUGAAAACCAAAAAGAACAAGAAGGAGAACAAGAAGAAGAACAACAAAAUGUUCAACAACAAGAUCAAGAGGAGCAACAAGAAGAGCAACAAAAUGUUCAACAACAAGACCAAGAAGAACAAGAAGAAGGUCAACAAAAUGCUCAACAACAAGACCAACAACAAGAAAAUCAACAACAAGACCAACAACAAGAAAACCAACAACAAGAGCAAGAGGAAGAACAACAACAAGCUCAAGAAAACCAACAACAAGAUCAACAACAAGAACAAGAACAAGAGGAAAAUGUUCAACAACAAGAACAAGAAGAACAACAAGACAAUGUCCAAGGUUUACAAAUUGAUUUAUUGGGUAACCGUAUUGACAUAGGCUUCCAAGCUAACCAAGCCAAUGAAAACAAUGCUAAACCAAAAGUUAAUGCUGAUGAAAUUAAAAAUAGUAACAAUGCUAAACAAACCCCUGCUAUUCAAAAUAGAAGCCAACAAAAACAACAACAAAACCAACAAAACCAACAAAACCAACAAAAUCAACAAAAUCAACAAAAUCAACAAAAUCAACAAAAUCAACAAAAUCAACAAAAUCAACAAAAUCAACAAAAUCAACAAAAUCAACAAAACCAACAAAACCAACAAAAUCAACAAAAUCAACAAAAUCAACAAAAUAACCAAGUAAAAAACUCUCCACAAAAAGAAAAUGAAGCUAACAAUGGUCUUUUCGUUAACCUUGGUGUCUCUAAGCGUCAAAUUAUCCAAGAUGACCAAGAAGGUGAAGAGUUUGAUGAAGAAUUUGAUUUUGAAAAUCAAGAAGAGCAAAGAGAUGAACAAAAUAACCAAAAUCAAGAAGAAGAGGUUAAUAAUCAAGAAGAAGUUGAAGAAAACAAUAACCAAGAGCAACAAAAAGAAAUUGAACAAGAAGAAGAACAAGAAGAAGCCAAUAACCAAGAGGGUCAAGAACAAGAAGAGGAAGCUAAUCAACAAGAAGAAAACAAUAACCAAGAACAACAAGAGGUUCAAGAAGAAGCUGAAGAAAACAAUAACCAAGAUGGUCUAGAAGAAGCUAACAAUGGCUUUGAAGUUGUCUCUGAAUUAGAAAAAGAAGUUAUUCGUCAAAUUAACAAUGUAGAAGCUGACUACUAUGUUGACUCAGCUAUUGUUGAACAAGCAAAACAAAUUGUUGCCAGUGGCAGAAAUGCUGAUGAAGAGUAAAUCAGUAUUACUUUUUAUUAAAACAAAAAAACUAGUAAUUUAAAUAUUUUAAAAUUAAAAACAAAUAAAUAAAACUUUUA